AAAAAUCAUGAUGUCAGAUAAGCCUUGACGUAAAGUGUUAUUUUUAUUAUUUUCAUCAAUGUUUAGUUUCAUACAUAAUAUACGCAAUGAAUUGUUUGAUGAUUUCAUAGACGUUUUGGACUACAUAUCAUUAGAAAGUCUCAGUUUAUAUGACAAAAUAACUGAUAAUUUAAUUGUUGUACUCCGUACAAAAUUCAGUAAACCUCGAUGCGGUGAUAAGUUUUUGGUAUAAUUUAGACUAAGUUACAAACCCAUCUUCGAAAUUAUUUGUAAAAAAAAAACUUGUAAAAUAUAGUAGAAGAAAGCAACAUGGAAAGUGCAGCAAAUCCAGAAAGUGCAGAGGCUCCUACAGCAACAGGAGAUACUGAUGAAAGUAAACCACCUGAAGAGCCUGACAAAGCAGAAACCGGUGAAGUUGGUGAAAAUCAAGAAGGAGUUGAAACGGUUGAAGGUGGUGAGGUAGUCGAGGGCGUCGAGGGAGGUGAAACAGGUGAAGCUACUGCAACAGAAGAAGUAGAUGGAGAGCAUGUAGAAGGCGAAGGGUUGGAGGGUGAACAUGUCGAAGGGGAAUCUGUUGAAGGUGAAGCUGUAGAAGGAGAACAGGUUGAGGGUGAACAUGUCGAAGGAGAAGAACAAGAGAAAGUCGAAGGAGAAGAAAAAGAGAAAGUCGAAGGGGAGGAGGAGGAGGGUUUGGGCGAACAAGUAGAAGCAGAAGAAACUGAGGACCUUGCCUUUGUACCUGAAGAAGAAGUCGAAGAAGAACAACAGUAUGUUGAAGAACCUCCUCCGGACCCUGCUGCACCUUACGGCUUUAGCGAUUCAAAGGAAGCUUUAAAAGCACCUUUUUCAUUACGCCCAGAUCAAUUAGCUGAGGUCGAACAGCUGUGGGAAAUCUACCAGAAUUACACUCCGGCGUAUGCAGAUUUGGAUGGCUUCAUUACUGAGAAAGAGCUCGUUUACAUGCUAAAAAGUUUACUUCUUAUGACUUACACAGUAGAACAAUUACAGGAACUGGUAGCAUACUGUUGUCGACCGCCACAUGCAAAGGGACAUAUAUUUUAUGAGCAGUUUCUAAAAAUGGUAACAAUACGUCAAAGGGAUUUCCCCAUAGAAGAAGAAAUUCGUUCUGCGUUGCAAUUUUUCGACCCAGAAAAAACAGGUAUUAUUGACCGAGAAUAUUUAAAAGAAAUUUUGUCAAAACAGGGUAGCAAAAUGGGUGCACGACAGUUGGAUAAUCUCAUUAAAGAGGUCGAUAUGAGCAAUGACGGUACGAUUGGUAUAGAAGAUGUUGUUGGAACAAUGUGCAUUGAUCUAAAUAAAGAAGACUUGCAACUACUAAGAGCAGCUGUGUACCCUCCCACGGAGGACAUAGGAGGGGAGAGAACUGAGGAAGCCCCGGUGGCGGUUCCAGACGAUGAUGAAGAAGACGAUUGAGACGCACAGAGAAAUCCUUUAUUAAAACAAUCAAUCAAACUUAAAAUAUCAAUAAAGUGUUAUAAUUUGUA